UCUCGCAUUGGGUAGAGAAAUCGAGGAUGAAACGAGGAGAAAGUUCAUCAGCUCUUGAGUCUCAUCUGAUGAUUACGAUCCAAGAAAGAAGGCAUGAUGAUCAAGAAGAAGAAGAAGAAGAUUGUUGGAUAGGAAAUUAUGUGGAAGAAGCAAAAAAACAAGUGCGGUUAGCAGUGCCUUUAAUAGCAGUUAGUAUGUUGCAGUACAGCUUACAGGUGAUAUCGAUAAUGUUCAACGGUCAUCUUGGAGAGCUUCCUCUUUCCGGUGCCUCUAUGGGGUCUUCCUUUGCUUCAGUUACUGGCUUCACUGUCCUGCUAGGGAUGGGUAGCGCAUUAGAGACGCUAUGCGGACAAGCCUAUGGAGCGAAACAGUACCACAUGCUAGGUGUUCACACGCAGCGAGCAAUGCUAACCCUCCUAGCCUUAAGCAUUCCUCUAGCACUAAUUUGGUACUACACAAGCACCAUUCUCAUAGCUCUAGGCCAAGACCAUGAAAUAUCUACUGAAGCCGGAGUUUUCAAUUGCUGGAUGAUCCCAAGCCUUUUCGCCUUUGGCCUCCUUCAAUGCCUAAACAGAUUUUUACAAACCCAGAACAAUGUUAUUCCUAUGUUGAUAAGCUCUGGAAUCACGGCUUUGCUACAUGUUCCUGUUUGUUGGGUUCUUGUGUUCAAAAUUGGAUUUGGGAUCAAAGGAGCUGCCUUGGCAAUUAGUAUUUCCAAUUGGGUUAACGUACUUUUGCUGGCAAUUUAUGUAAAAUUUUCUCCAGCUUGCGUGAAAACUUGGACUGGGUUUUCAGAAGAAGCCUUGCAUGAUCUUCUCAGCUUUAUAAAGCUGGCUGUUUCAUCAGCAAUCAUGAUAUGGUAA